UCAUGAGCGCGCCCGCAUUGAUUCAUGGGAAAUAGCUCUGGCAACGUGAGAGAAGCGUUAACCCGAGAGCAGCGGUAAGAUAGAAAGAUGGCUGAAGAACAAGAAUUUUCUCCUCUAGAGAAGAAGGUGGUAGAACAGAUAGAGUAUUAUUUUGGAGAUCACAAUCUGCCUCGAGAUAAGUUCCUGAAGGAGCAGAUGCAGCUGGAUGAUGGCUGGGUUACCCUAGAGACGAUGCUUAAGUUUAACAGGCUGAAAAAUUUGACGUCAGAUACUGCCAUUAUCGUCAAAUCACUACAGAAGUCUAAAACGGGGCUCCUGGAGGUCAGCGAGGACCAAACAAAGAUCAGAAGGUGCCCAACUAAACCCCUGCCAGAGCACGAUGAGGAGUUCAGAGACGCUGUCAAACACAAGUCUAUUUAUAUGAAAGGCUUUCCCUUGGAGACAACGCUGGAUGAGGUUAAGGAGUGGCUGGCUGAUAAAGGAAGUGUGGAGAACAUUCAGAUGAGGAAAGGCCCACAGAAGACUUUCAAAGGCUCCAUUUUUGCAGUUUUGGAGUCAGAAGAUGCAGUUAAGACCUUUGUUGCAAGAGACGACGUCAAGCAGUUCAAAGGAAACGACAUGAUCGUUCUGUCAAAAGAUGAUUACAUCACGAAGAAGAUAAAUGAGAGGAAGCAGAAUCGUGCAGAAGCAAAGGCUAAAGCCAGGAGUGAAAAGGAAGAGCACCAAAAACAGGCUGAAGAGGAAGAGAUGAAAUCUCUGGAUGAUCAGAGGGGGUGUUUGCUGAAGUUUUCUGGAGAUCUGGAACAGGUUUCUCGAGAGGACUUUCAUGAGAUCUUCUCUGAGCAUGCCCAAAUCAAAUGGAUUGACUUUACCAGAGGAGCUAAAGAGGGCACCAUCCUCUUCCGAUCAAAUGCCAAAGAGGCCCUGGAGGCUGCAGGGGGAGCUGAGCUGAAGGUUAAGGAUAAGGAGGUUAAGUGGGAGGUGCUGGAAGGAGAUGUAGAGAUGGAGACGCUGAAGAAAAUCAUUGAGAGUCAACAGGAGUCAAUCAACAAACGUAAAGGAGGAAGAGGAGGUCACAGAGGUCGUGACCGAGGUCGUGGCAGAGGCCGAGGAGGCCGGAGGGACCGGGGAGGGAGAGAUAAUGUGCACUUUCAGGGCAAGAAAACCAAGUUUGACAGUGAUGAUGAAGAUGGGGGUGGAGAUCAUGACGAGCCUGCUGUUCCAAAGAAGAGAGCACUUGAGUCCAAUGGGAAAGAAGCUGAUGCGCCAGCAUCCAAACAGGCGAAGGAGGAGAACGGUUCUUAAACAGGGAGCUGGUCCCCUGCUGUAUCUGUACUGUAGAUAUUCUCUUAUAAACAAGCAAUUCCACUGUCUGACGCAGGCCACUAACCUGAAACCGCUCAUCUCUGCCUCGUGAAUAAGCAGCAGCAUGGAGUAACCAUACUGAACUGAACCUAGGACUGAAUGUAACCCUGUAGGCUGAAUAGUCAUCAAAUCAUGUUUUUUAAUUUUUUAUAAACCACCACCUGCUGUGUCGAUAUUUACAUUCUUUCUUUCUUUUUCUGAUGGUAAUGGUUUGAGAAUUAUUCUCAAAGCAUGAACAUUUCUGGCUUUUCUUUCCUGAAUGGAAUGCUUGGUUCAGUCCUUUGUGAACAACAUUGACCUAAUCAGUUAUUUAAAUUGUUAAAUAGGUUAUUAUAUGCAAACUGUUGAAUAUUAAUUGCCGACAAGCUACAAACUCAGCCUAAGUUAGAGAUUUAACACAUCCUUUUACAUGUGGUUUUGGUCGCACUUCUGUACAUUUAAAAUUCUUUAGUUCACAGCUGUUUUACAGUUAUGGUCAUAUUCUCAAUCUGUAGCGUAGCAUCUGUUCAUGUAUCUGAAUUGGUUACAGCAGGGUCUGUUCUUCUGAACAGUACGAGUUUGUUUUUGUUGAAAUAGGACCAUGGAGUUUAAUUGAUGUCGGUUAAUAUUUUUUCCCUCUGUUUUUAUUUAACCAAUGAAUUUUCCCAAGCUACUCUGUAAAAGCUCUUCCUAAGUGCCAUUUUAAUUCAGUUUAUUUGUACACGCCCCUCCGAGGGUUUCAAUGUACGGCACUUGUUUUCUUUAUUACUUUGCUUUUCAUGUGUGAUGAAUUUAGCUUAUUUCCUAUUUUGAAUUUCAAUAAAAACAGAAAAUCAUACAA